CCCGUUUCCGCUCAUAUAGGAUAGGACGCGCUGCCAGAUGCGCGGUCGCAUCCUGGCGCGUGGAAGAACGAUCGCACAUAGCGAGAGAGGAAAAGAUCGCAACGCAUUCACGUACGCACGCCGAGGCAACCGACUAUAGACACUUCAAAAUACAGCCUCUGUUGUUUUACCGAAGAAGCCAGCGGUAUUGGCGAUAUGCCCGGCCGCAACGAGCCAAGUUUUCAGCGUCUUAGCGAGGAACCAAUCAGAACGAUCCGACCACCUAUUCUAGAGAUGAGUGCCCAAGUCGAUGCGGAUACUACGGCCGAAACGCCCGACGACUACAGCCCCAGUUCGAUCGACCAUCACCAACCCUCGUCUCUCGUGGACUGCGCCGCCGAGGACACUGUCGGACCGGAGAGUAACAAGUCCGUCGACGACGUCGACUUCAAGAGCGCAAGAUGCUGGCGUCGCGCUCUCGACGCCUUACUGGUCGCCAGGCUCGAGAUAUACCUGGCGCUCUACCUGGUGGCGCGUAGGAUGAGCACCACCGUCAUCCAGGACUUGCUCAUUCAAAAGUCGUGCCUCUACAAGCUCGCCCUGAACGCCAGCGUCUGCUCGCACCUGGACGACUUCGUGGACGUCAAAGAUGAGGCCGAACAGUAUGCGAGCACGACGAGCAUGAUGCGCGCCGUCGUCCUCCUGGCGCCUUCGGCUGUCAUGGCCAUCUUCGUCGGGCCCUGGUGCGACAAGUACGGAUACCGGACGCCGCUGGUGAGCGCCAUGCUGGGAUUCAUGGCCAGCACGCUGGUCGACAUCUUCACUGUGUACCACAUGGCGGCGCCGCUGUACGUGAACAUUAUCUCCAUGGUUCCGGACGGCCUGUGCGGAGGACCCAUCAGCAUCUUCACGGCCAUUUGCAGCACGGCGACUCUGUCGACCAGGGAGGACCGUAGGCGCAUCAGGUUCUUCGCCAUCAGCAUAGCCAUGUCGCUGGCCGGUCCUCUGGGCAGCUACAUCGGUGGCCAGGUGUACGGCCGCUACGGCUGGAAGCCCGUGCUCUUCGCUUCUCUGGCGCUCGAGUCGUUCGCGCUCGUUUGGACCUUCGCGACCAUCAGGAGCCUCGCCAAGCCUGAACACGCAAAAGACGGGUUGUCGCUCAGGUUGAAGAACUUCGUCCAGCUGAAGAACUUGACCGAGAGCUUCAAGAACGCGAUGAAGGUCCGGCCUAACAAGGGAAGGGUGCAGCUCUGGUGUCUUCUAGGGGCCACCUGCUGCGUCAUAUUUGACCUGUCAUCCUCGGGAAUUGCGUACUUCUACGUGCGCAAGAUGUACUCCUGGACAGUGUCCUACUACUCAACGGUGCAGUCCGUGUCGACUGUGGUUGGCGUGGCCCUGAACGUGCCCAUCGUCUUCCUCUUCGUCAAGGUCCUCAAGAUCAGCGACCCCGCCAUGGCGGUCGUCGGCUCGUGCUUCGCGGCUGCGCAGAUGCUCAUACUGGGACUCGCCUUCGAAGAAUGGCUGUACUAUCUGCAAUGUCUUGUGGGACUUCCCACGUUCCUUGGCCAGGUAGGCGUGAGGACCCACCUCUCCAAGCUCGUGGCGCCUGAUGAAGUCGGCAAGGUGUUCUCGUUGAUGGCCUCAUUCGAAUCUGUGGUGCCCAUUGUUGGCGAGGUGCUGCUCACUACCAUAUUUAACAAGUCCAUUGGGUUUUUACCAGGAAUGCCUUACCUGGUGGCUGCUGCAAUAACAUGCAUAGCCGUUGGCCUCACUUCGUACGUCACCAGAGUGCAUCGGCACAGCAUAAAGUACGAGGACAUGUCCAAGUCGGAGAUAUCCUCGGGGCCCAUCAAUGACCGAGGCAACGGCCGGCCUGCACACUGACAAACAACUCCAGAGAGACACACGAAAGUGCUUGGCAGCCACUAGCAUUACGUGUACGUACAAGCUGUUACAGAGUUUGCUGCCUUCUUCUGGCAAAUAUUUCAGUGAUGGCCUCCCUAUGAAUUAACACAGUAGGUACAUCACUGCCAUCGACUCAUUCGACAGGUACGUGUUCCUGCCUUGUGGAGACAGUUAUCUCAUUUCUUUACAACGGCAUUUACGCUUGCAAGCCAUGAUUUCCAAGUACUGUGAAAUCUGCCUGAAGGCUUUGGGCUUGUCGAGUGUACUUUACGUUCUUGAGUUGACUCUACAGCUUAUGAAAGCUUUGUACAUUAAUAUGCAUGUAUUAGUUCUAUAACACACAGUCUACAUAGAAUCUUUCAACUCCUUAUAACUUAUAGCACAUAUUGACAGUAUAUGGCUAUAAACAUGGCUGUGCAUUAUGUUUUUUCCACAAUUUUGUUUUAAUGUGAUGUUACAGAGAUUUUGUCAGAGGGUAUUGUGCAGACAGAUGUAGGGAUUAAAAGGGAAAAGAACUAGUGAAACGACUAUGUAUGCACAGAGUGCAUAACUCUAACAGACAUAACAGACACAUUACUGUACAUGCAUGUGAUCAAAGGAGUGUGAAUAUUUAUUUUAUCACCAGAGCACAAAUGAAUGGAAAAGGCCAAGAGGCUUAUGCCUGCUGAUGAAGUACACACAUGGUCCUUUGCUCAGUUAGAACUAAGUUUCUUCUAUAUUCCUCCUACAGCGAGAUUUGGGCAAUGCUGUAGUUUGGAGCUUUUGCACAGAUCGAGGAGUUAACAUUAACUGCACAUGAUUAUUAGCAUUGUUGCUCGUCAGUAACAAAACAGAGAAAGAGGGUAAAAUAAGGAGAACAACCUGUUUCACUGAGCACAAACUGUGUUUUUUUUUAUUUCAUUCCGAAGGUAUGCACAAAAGCCUAGGCGCAAAAAUUUUCUAUAAAAGUAGACAACUCCAGUUGGAAGUCAGCACUUUGCCCAGCCCAUGUUCUCUCCUUUUGCCUCACCUUUUGCAAUGCCCGGACAGAGAUACAAAGUUAUGACUCACUCAUCAAUAUGCUAUUUGUUUUUAUGUUGUUAUUUGUACAUUUUCUACUGUGAACAUGAUUAGACACCUGCUGUGAUAUUGUCAGGGACCAACCGUUUAUACAGUGCAAUGUUUAUACAAGCAAAAGCACCUGGCCAUUAGCGCUCUCCCAUGCUUUUCAGGGCAUAUACUGUUGAUGUAUUCUGAAAUUAGUGAAUUUAUUAAUGAAUAAUGAUUCUAUUGUAUUUGAUGUCGAUUGGAAACUUUGAAGUUACCACAUUUCCAGCAAACAAUGAAUUUUAUUUCACUGUUGCAACCAGCACACAGCGAUUACAACCAGCAAUGCAAUGAUGAAAAGUCCUUCCGGUCCCUUCAAUUGCAAAGAAAUUAUGAAGUUACAGAAUUGUGAAAGCAUUUGUAAUACCAAGCUCUCAUCAAGCAGAACUUUUAUUUUAACCAAUUUGCCUACAAACCACAUCUUACCACAUUUUUUAUAUUUUAUCAUCCUAGUCACAUGAUAUUUUACCACUUGGUAUUUCGAUACCAAUAUUAUGGUAAGUGGAAAAAACGAAAGGAACAGCUAUUUCAGGCCCUUAUUGUACUUAAUAUUUAUUUUGCUUUUUCAUUUAUUACCCAAGUGCACAAAGUAUUCAUGAAUAUUGUCUGUAUUUAAUUUUAAUGUUCCGUCACUCUCACAUACUCUCACGGUCGCUUAUGGCACAAUUUCCGUGCCAUUGCGUAUGUUUGCUCUCUAUACCAUGUCUGUGAAGCUUGUUUUCAUUCAUACAAUGUGUAUAUGAUGCCUCAUCUGUAUCUUUUUACCUUCCAACCUCUUUUACGAGAUGGAUCCUGUGUAACAAUGUAAAAAAAAAUAUGCUAAUAAAGGUGAAUCUGAUCAAG